GCGCAGUGCGCUCGGGCGGCGCUGCCCCGCUGACAGCAGCCGGGAGGGGCGGGGGCUGAUGGCGGCCGGGGCCGGGGGCAGGAAGCCCGGCGCCCCGCGGGACGCGGAGUCCGAGGUCUGGUCCCGCCGCGUCCGGGACCUGGUGGGCUCCGGGCCCGGCAACCGCCUCUGCUUCGAGUGCGGCCAGCGCGGCGUCACCUACGUGGACAUCACGCUGGGCAGCUUCGUGUGCACGGGCUGCUCGGGGGCGCUCCGGGGCCUGAACCCCCCGCACCGCGUCAAAUCCAUUUCCAUGACCACCUUCACCGAGUCCGACGUGCUGUUCCUGCAGUCCCGCGGCAACGAGGCCUGCCGGAAGGUUUGGCUGGGCUCCUUCGAUCCGCGCACGUCGCUGCUCCCGGACUCCAGGGACCCGCAGAAAGUGAAGGAGUUCUUGCAGGAGAAAUAUGAGAAGAAGCGAUGGUACAUCUCGCCGGAUCAAGCCAAGGGCACUGCCUCCCUGGCCGGCCAGAGCUCCGCCCCAGAGGUGAAGCCGCAGCAGACCCUUCUAGGGGACUCGGGAGCACUGCUCACAGCUGCCGGAUCCAGCCGGACCUUGGGCCAGCCCCGCCUGCCGCAGCAGCGCACCCCCCAGCCGGCCAAGAAAGCCAGCACGGACCUCCUGGCGGAUAUAGGAGGGGACCCUUUCGCUGCGCCCCAGCCGGCCCCCGCCUUCGCCAUGUUCCCUGCCUUCCCGGGCCAGGUUCCAGCCCACACCGCCUUUGCCAAUUUUGAUGCCUUUGGAUGCAGCCCGGUAGCGUCGGCAUUCGGGGGGGCAUCGGUGCCAUUCCACACCCAGCCAACAGCCGCAGCCAGUCGGACAGUCCCAGCCGGUUACAGCUUUGCAGGGGGUGCCCCGGUGAGCGGUUUCGGUACCUCCCCCUCCAGCCACCCUGGCAGCGGGAUCCCGGACAUGGGCGGAGCACCCAGCAGCCUCUUCGGGAGCCUGAGCCAGCCGGCGGCGCUGCUCCCGUCCGGCUCCGCGCCCGCCUACGGGGCCUACACCAACCCCUUCGCCCCGCCCGCCGCCCCGCCCGCCCGGCCCUCCACCAACCCCUUCCAGCCCAACGGCACUGCGCCAGGUUCCAGUUUUGAUGGGUUUACUGCAGCCCAAGUGGGGCAGCCGGUCGGGAUUUCCACCAAUCCCUUCAUGACGGCAGCUCCAUCCCCGCCCUUCGUCAUCAAGCAUCCAGCCACCAACCCCUUCUUAUAGCGACGCCCAGACGGCUGCUCUGGGCUGGCAGUGCCCUUCCUGUCCAGCGGGGGGCAGGCCGCUGCAGCUGCACCCCCUUGCCAGCUUCCGGCUCCACAGCCCUGACGCCGUGGGGAUGGGCUGGACCAAGUGCUUUAACUACUGCGAUGGCUUCUGAGGGAAUCGGCCCCAAUGAGAGCUGGCCCUUGAAGAGAGGCUCAGAGCCCAGCACCGAGGCAUUCUGGGACUUGUAGUCUAGAUGGGGAUUUUUCAGCAGGGCACGCUGGGAAAGUGGAUCAGUGGGUGAGCUGGCCCUUAAGAGGGUUUGGGAUUCUGCCGGGCCUUGUGGUCCAGAUGGGAACCCCGGGGGAGCUGGAGGCGGGGCAGCAAGGCAUGCUGGGGAAGGGAGUCUCUCUGCUUCUCCUCCUGAGCAAGAGGGGCUGGGGUCCCUUUGGGGGCUGGGUUGAGUCUGGGCUCUGCCCUGCGGGGCUGGGAUCCCUGGGAGGCUGGAAUCUCUGGGGGGCUUCAUCAUGGAGGGCUGGGGGCCUGGGAUCCCUGCGGGGUUGGGUUGAGCCUGGGCUCUGCCCUGGGGGGCUGGGAUCCCUGGGGGGCUGGGAUCUCUGGGAGGCUCCAUCAUGGGGGGAUGGGUUGAGCCUGGGCUCUGCCCUGGGGGGCUGGGCUCCACCCUGGGGCUCUGCCUUUUAGGGGGGCUGAGCUCUCCCCCUCUGAGCUGCUCUGAUCCGACCCUGGUCUGGGCUCUGCUCGAGUGAGAUUCUCCCCACCCAGACCCACUGACCAUGCAGCCCCGGCCCCUCUUCGUAGGGUGGAACCUAGGAGUCCUGGCUCCAUACCACCCCUCCCCCUUGCUGUCACCCCCACCCCUGGCCAGCUGGUUCCUUGCAGCCCCCACACGUCCCUGCCCCCCACUCCCUGGACAGGGGUGGGCGAACCUGGCCCUGCCUUCAGGCUCCCCCUCGCGGCUCUGGCCUGGCGGCUGCUGGCACUCAAAUCACACACACACACACACACCCCACGGGGGGGCUGCCCAGAGCAGCUGGGCACCCCAGAUCCCAGUCCCACAACGGCAUCCCCAGCACGGACUGUCCCCCUCGACGGCGUGCGCUAAGCGGGGAGGGGAGCCCCGAUCUAGACCAGCCUGGUCCUGUGGCCACUCGGGGGGAGGCACCAGACCUGCACCAUGGGCGGCCCCCUCUGCUGCCAGCGCUGGGGAGAGAACCCAGGAGUCCUGGCUCCCAGCCCCCCCUGCUCUAACCCACCAGCCCCUACUGCCCGCCGACAGCCAGGGAGAGAACCCAGGCAUCCUGGCUCCCAGACCCACCAUUUGCUAAUUUCUUUGUCAGUUUCUUCUGCACUUGGGAUCCUUUUUCAGCCCCUCCAUCCCCAGGACCCCCCCGAACGCUGCUGCCGAAAUCUUGGCCCUCCCGCAUUUAACCAGCCAGCACCCCUUUCCCCCCCUGGGUGAGAGAUCACCCCCCCAUUGCCGCUUCGGACAAGUAUCACCUUGCUCGGCUUCACACCCCCUCCUGGCUUUGCGGGGGGGGGGGCACACUUUGCCCCCCCCCAACAAAGCAGGGCCCCGGAGGGGCCACGCUGGCAGUAUUUUUCUGAGAGAAAAGUGAAUGAUCUUUUUAAUAUAUAGAGACGGUUUUGGCGCUGGAAAUUGUUCUCUUGAUUUCGCUCUAUAAAAACUAUAUUGGACCUUU